UUAGGAGGAAUAAGGGGCACCGACGAUCUGGCAUUGCGACACUGUUUGCAGUGCCGAGGCGCAGAGAGUUUGCCGUCAUGUAUUUUCUAACCGGCUGGCCCCGGAGGCUGCUAUGUCCGCUGAGGAGCGAAGAGGAGCCAUUCCACAUCCAGCCCAGCUCCCAGAGGUUUUACUUCGCCGUGCUGUCAGAGACGCAGCUGAGCGUAUGGUUUAGUCGGCCCAGUGUUUUGAUAGUCAGCUAUAUCGAGUCUGCAAAGGCGGCGGCCCAGUUUGGCUUCUACCAGAAGGCAGAAUGGAAACCAGACGACUCCAUGAUAGCUGUGGCGACUGCCAAAGGCUACAUCCUCCUGUUUGAUGUGCUGGGUGGAGGGGAUGACAAGUACCUCUAUGAGCCUGUCUAUCCAAAGGGAAGUCCUCGUGUGAAGGUGACCCCAGGUUAUAAGGAGGAGCAAUGUGCCCCCGCUCUGUCUUUAGAGAUGAAGAAGCCUGUGGAUCUGGAGGCCCCCAUCACCAGUCUGCAGUCCCUCCAGGAGGACUUACUGGUGUGUACGGCAGACGGCUACCUCCAUGUGCUGCACUGGGAUGGGAUAGGCAGCAAUGGACGCAAGGCUAUCUGCCUCACUACAAUCCCCUUCUCACUAGACCUGCAGUCUGCUCGAGGUGGUCCCUCUCUGGACCUGGAGGGAGUGUAUAUCCGUUGUAUGGAGUAUUGUGUGACCCUGGAUGGAUUCGCUGUGGUUCUGAGUGACGGACGUCUGGGCUUCAUCACACCGCUCAGCAACACCAUCACUGCAGACCAGCUGCAGGGCGUCUGGGCCGCAGACGUCACUGAUGGCACCUGUGUGGCUGUCAACAACAAGUACAGACUGAUGGCUUUUGGCUGCGCCAGUGGCUCAGUGCUGGUCUAUAUGAUAGACACCACAACAGGAUCCAUGCAGCUCUCCCACAAACUGGAGCUCACACCAAAACACUAUCCAGACAUCUAUAACAAGACGGGUCCAGUCAAGCUCAUCUGUUGGUCACCUGACUACAGCGUUGCCAUGGUUACAUGGGAGUGCGGUGGCCUAUCGCUGUGGAGUGUCUUUGGAGCUCACCUCAUCUGCACUCUGGGAGAGGAUUUUGCGUAUCGUUCUGAUGGUACCAAAAAGGACCCCAUUAAAAUCAGCUCCAUGAGCUGGGGAGCAGAGGGUUACCACCUAUGGGUGCUCCCUAACAAGCAAGAGAGGAGGAGGCAGGAAGAGCAGGAGGAGGUGGAGAUGGUUGAACCCCCUCAUUCCUCCCUGCAGGCCGGCAUACUGCAGUUCCACUUUAUCAAGAGUGCCCUCACAGUCAACCCCUGCACGAGUAACCAGGAGCAGGUGUUACUCCAUGGUGAAGAUCGCCUCUACCUGACCUGUGGUGACCCCACGCAGGUCCACAGCACCUCUGACUCACACCCGCACACACACUUACACCCAUGUGACGGCAGCCCGCUGCAUCACCCCCCCAACCCCGACUCCGCUCUCUCUCAGGGACUCAGCACUUUACUGGGACACAAGCACUGGCACGUGGUCCAGAUUCACAGCACAUACCUAGAGAGCAACUGGCCUAUACGGUUUGCAGCCAUAGACACAGCAGGCCAGUGCAUGGCUGUAGCAGGGAGGCGGGGCUUUGCACACUACUCCUUAUACACAAGGAAAUGGAAGCUGUUUGGAAAUAUCACUCAGGAGCAGAACAUGACGGUGACGGGAGGUCUGGCUUGGUGGAACGACUUUGUGGUGGUCGCCUGCUACAAUUUUAUAGACCAGCAAGAGCAGUUGAGGCUGUAUCAACGCUCAUCCAACCUGGACAACGCCUUUGCCUCGGUCACUAAGCUGCACUCAGACACUCUGCUGCUCAACGUCUUCAGAGACAUGGUCAUCCUGUUUAGAGCUGACUGCUCCAUCUGCCUCUAUAGCAUUGAGAGGAGGAACGACAGUCCAAACCCGUCAGCCAGCGUGGAGUUGCUGCAGGAAGUGUCGAUGUCUCGCUACAUCCCUCACCCGGCCCUCGUGGUCUCUGUCACACUCACGUCCGUGCGCACAGAGACUGGCAUCACCUUGAAAGCCCCGCAGCAGGCCUGCAUGGCAGAAAGCAUCAUGUUGAAUCUGGCUGGCCAGUUGAUCAUGCUACAGAGGGACCGUUCAGGACCACAGGUACGAGAAAAGGAGACACCCGCUAAUAACAAGAAGCUGCUACCAUUUUGUCCUCCUGUAGUGUUGGCCCAGUGUGUGGAGAAUGUGUGGACCACCUGUCGCUCCAACAGGAAGAAGCGCCACCUGCUGGAGGCCCUGUGGCUGUCAUGCGGUGAAGCCGGCAUGAAAGUGUGGCUGCCGCUGUUCCCCCGAGACCACCGCAAGCCCCACUCCUUCCUCUCCAGACGCAUCAUGCUGCCCUUCCACAUCAACAUCUACCCUCUGGCCGUGCUGUUCGAGGAUGCCCUGGUACUGGGGGCGACCAACGAGACUGUGCUCUAUGACGGGCUGCAGGGAUCCUCAGAGCCGCUGGAGGCGUUGUUCCCCUACUGCACAGUAGAGAGGACCUCCCAGAUCUACCUCCACCACAUCCUGAGGCAGCUGCUGGUUCGUAACCUGGGUGAACAGGCUUUGAUGCUGGCUCAGUCAUGUGCCUCCCUCCCCUACUUCCCCCACGUCAUGGAGCUGAUGGUGCAUGUGGUUCUGGAAGAAGAGGCAACAUCGCGGGAGCCCAUCCCCGACCCUCUGCUUCCCACUGUGGCCAAGUUCAUCACAGAGUUCCCCCUCUUUCUUCAGACCAUCGUCCACUGCGCCAGGAAGACGGAGUAUGCCCUGUGGAACUACCUGUUUGCAGCUGUGGGAAACCCCAAAGAUCUGUUUGAGGAGUGUCUCAUGGCUCAAGACCUGGACACAGCAGCCUCUUACCUGAUUAUACUGCAGAACAUGGAGGUUCCAGCAGUGAGCAGACAGCACGCCACCCUGCUCUUCAACACAGCGUUGGAACAGGGCAAGUGGGACCUCUGCCGACACAUGAUCCGAUUCCUCAAAGCCAUUGGCUCAGGAGAGAUGGAGACUCCACCCCCAACACCCACAACUCAGGAACCCAGCUCAACUGGAGGGUUUGAGUUCUUCAGAAAUCGCAGCAUUAGUUUGUCUCAGUCGGCAGACUCCAUCACCACAGGAAAGUUCAACCUGCAGAAGACCUUCAGUAUGCCUGCUGGACCCUCUGCUAAAGGUCGUGACGUGGAGUGCGCGGAGAACAUGUACAUUGAUAUGAUGCUCUGGCGCCACGCCCGUCACCUCCUGGAGCAGGUGCGCCUUCGCGACCUGGGAUGCUUCUCGGCACAGCUGGGCUUCGAACUCAUCGGCUGGUUGUGUCGAGAACGAAACCGCGUGGCUCAUGUUGACGAUUUUGUGUCGGCGUUGAAGAGACUCCAUAAGGAUUUUCUCUGGCCGUUCCCUGUUAAUCCUGCGGGAAGCCUCAGCUCGCCUCUGAAGAACGGACGGUGUCGCACAGUGCUGAGCACUCGGCUGUUGAAGUCACAGUCAGCUGACAGCCUGUUGAACAGCGACAUGGACACAGUGCCGCCUCAGGCAGCCCCCACCAACCACAACUGGCUGGACAGGCUUGGGCAAAGGCCCAAAGACAUGGACACGGCCUCGUCCGCUCACUCCAACCAGCACUCACCACAGACACAUGACGCCUUCCUGUCACUGCUCACCAACAAAGUGGAGGAGUACAGCAUCGGUUCGGCCACAGACCUGACUGAGACCAGCUCAGUGGUGGACGGUGACUGGACGAUGGUGGAUGAGAACUCCUCCACUCUGAGCCUGAGCCAGGCCGAGCUGGAGCACAUCUCCAUGGAGCUGGCCAACAAGGGCCCGCACAAGUCGCAGGUGCAGCUCAGGUACCUGCUCCAUGUGUUCAUGGAGGCCGGCUGUCUGGAGUGGUGCGUAGUGAUUGGUCUGAUCUUGCGGGAUGCAAACGUGAUCAAGCAGGUGAUCGGCUUCCUGGACAGCCCAGAGGUUCCCCAAGAAACUGUGCAGAGUGUCCGAAACGGCUUAUUGGCUGUCGACACAUGGGCCUCCACUGACUGCCUGGGAUACAAACCUUUUCUCAACCUGAUCCAGCCGCAGCUGCAGCAGCUGUUGGACUCUUCGCCCGAGCAGGUGCAGCCCGAAGCCUUCCAGCCCACCAGCCAGAGCUCCAAACUGGGCGGCGCCGAGGGGCUGGGAGGCGCUGCUGUGCCCCGACCCGAGGACAGCAGAGGAGUAGCGGCUCCUCUGGGCCUGGCCCUACCCUCCCUCGAACCUGCGGGAGGGUUUUCUCGUCCGCCCUCUGAGGACUGUCCUCCGGAGCAGACAGAGGAGCAGGGAGAGGAGGAGGGAAACUACGACUGCACCUUGUCCUGAACCCAGGGGCCUCCUCUGGACUCUAACCUGUGAACUUUAAAGAGAGGAGGGACAGCAGCGACAGCAGUGGCUGACUGGAAUUAGACUUUAUUUUUGAGUGUGCGCGUGUGUCUGUGUGUGUGUGUGCGUGCGUGCGUACGUGUGUGUGUCUGUGUGUGUGUGUGUGUGUGUGUGUGUGUGCGUGCGUGCGUGCACAUUAUGUACCUCUCCUGCAGGUUCUUUCAGUCAGUAUUAUCCACUCUUAAGAUUUGCCCUUUGUGUUGACUAGAGCCCCUGUGGAUACUGAGCUACCAAGAGAGCGACAGACAGCCCAACUGGCACAAAGACAUCACAGCACAACCAGAAACAGGGUUCAGUCGAACAGGUCUCACCUUACCAAAAUGCUCUGAUAGAAAAAAGCUCCCCUGUGUCAGAUUGAUGUGGUGUUUGGAAGCUGUAGACCAGCACAGGAAGGCACCAUGCUUUUCUUUUCCAAAAAAACAGAUAUUUUGUGUUUUUAUUUUUUUCUUUCGCAAUUGGAGAGUUUUUUUUUUUUUUUUCGUCCUCCCCCCUACUCUCCAAACAAAAAGCUCCAUUCUUUCCUUUGGUUAAUACAAACAGUGCAAGAAUCAGUUCAAAGACAAAAAAAUAAAUAAACCUGAGUGUAUUCGAUCACAGUAUCAUGCUACAUUGCGAAGCAUAAUGUAGAACAAAGCUCUAGUCAUGCACCAUUUACAAGAUGCACUGAAGUGUGUCUGAGCGUGUGGUUAAUUGUGCAGUUCUGUUUGUGUGCACAAGAGGUGUUUCAUACUUUCAUACCUCAUAUGAUUUUAAAAAUAUUUUGUGAUACCUUUUUCAAUAAUGUAACAGUGUACAAAAUAACAUUAUUUUUCUAUCACUUACACCUUGUCCCUCUUGAGUCUCCCUGUUAAAAAACAAAAAAAACAAAACAAACACAAAUAGCUCAUGGUAUGAAUUCUGUGUAAUUCUC